CCCCUUAAACCCUUGUUCUAACUUCCCAACAUCUGCAAUGGAGUCUCUUUUAGGGUUUAUCGAACCAUCAACUGACGAUACUGUGGAAGGCAACUCUCUAGGUCUCAAAUUGGUUCCAUGGAUAAGCUGGGAUGAAUGGAACUCUAUUCGAGAUUCCCUUUUCUCUUCUUUUCCUCCUUCUGUCGCUUUUGCUCUUCAAAGGAUAUCGACCUGGAGGAGCAGAGGAUGCAUUCCUGUCGCAGUGGAUGUCACGGCUUCAAUUGUAGAAAUUCAACAGAAAGAUCCUUUUUUCAGGAAGGACCUUGGUGGUAAUGCUCUGCAGUCAGAAGAAAUGCUUUCAAUGCUAUAUUGCAUGGCAAUUAUGAGGCUUGUAAAUGGUGUUGUUGAGAAGACCCGAAAGAAGGCAGAAAUCUCAAUAGCCGAGGCAGCAAAUGCUAUCGGCAUUCCACGUAUGCUGAUUGAUGUUCGCCAUGAGGGCUCUCAUCGUGAUCUUCCUUCACUGCAGUUGGUCCGUCUUGCCUCUACCAAGGCGCUUGACUGGUUGAAAUCAUAUUAUUGGGAACCUCAAAAGAAUGUGAUUAGAAGGGAUUCGACUGCCAACCUGAGGAAAGAAAUUAAACAUAAACUGCUAGAGAUGGCUUUCUGUUUGAAAGUGAAGCAGACUAACAGUUCGCAUACUUCGGGAAAACGUUCUAAGAAACAGAUUACUAGAUCUAUGAAGGCCAUUCUUCGAUUAUAUACUUCCUCAUCUUCAGAAGUGGCAUCUGUGCUUUUGGAACUUAUGCUGCAGACAGUAGAUUCCUCAAAUUUGCCAGGGGACUCGGAGAAUGCCCCAACAAUCCAUGAAACUAUUGACAUGCAUAGUUCAUAUGUUGACUGGAAACCAAUGCUGAAGAAAUUGUCAAAUAGAGAACCGGAUUUGCUUCUGACUCUUCUCAGGGCAGCCCUAGACAAGAUUGAGACUAUGGAAGCCACAAAGCAUGAGCUUGGUGCAAAUUCCCUCUUAGGAAAUGCAAAUGAAUCUCUUUUGAUUGGACAAUUAUCUUACCUGUGUGAACAGAUAGUUGCAAACAUGAAGACACUAAAGCCCCUUAACCAUAGUGGUCUUGCUGCUGACGGGGAAGACUCUUCAAGAAAACUAAGUCUUCCAGAGGCAACGCUAAAAGAACUAUUACAUAAAUGUUUAUUCUUGUCUUCUCAUGACAACAAUCAGCUGAUGAAAUCCGCUCUUGUCAUUGCUCAGAUGAUUGGAAGGAACCCUUUCAUCCAUAAGUUAAAUAAGCUCUGUUCACUGAGUGUAUUUGAUUCAGAGAUUAUCCACUCAGAUCCUUCCACCAAUAGUGCAGAAAGCUUCCUACUAUCAUCCAGGGAAGAAGAUUCUCUUCGUCAAGCUGCUCAGAAGCUUGAACUAAUUAUUCUCCGAGUUGUAAAGGGCAAUAACAUGAAUACAAUAGAUACUGGGAGCCAAUGGGUAGUUGCAAAAACAUGGAAAGCAUGCCCCAUUGGUAUGCUGCCCCAUGCAUUUGGUUCUACUGGUCGUCUUCCGGUUCUUAAUUUUAUUGAUGAUUCAGCAGAAGUUGCAAAAUCAUCAGACAAUGAAAUCCCAGAAACCAAUAAAUGUGGAUGCAAGCGGGAGGCUGUUUCUGCUAUUGAAUGCCUGGACGAUCCUAAUACGAAGAAAAUGAGGACGACAGAGGAGCCUGGUGAUAAUCAGUGUACAGAGAAUAUGGAGAUUGAAAAUGACCAUAACGACUUGCCUUUGGAAGGUUCAAAAGGCCACCUGAUGAUUGAUGGAGUGUGGAAGAAGGUUUCAAUGGAGGAGCUACGUGAUAUUGCAGCAGCUGUGAAGAUUUUGAUUUAAUCAAACCCUUGUGAGAUGUUUGGCCGGGAGAAGGGGUGUCUCAGAGAGCAAAAUGAAAAGGGUUCUGUUUCUGUUGUACAUCUGCCACCAGUUUUGCAGCUUGUAAAUUAUUGGCCAACAAUUUUGCUCGUAAUUUUCAAAUAUUUAAAUUUAUAUUCGUUGCCUGCUUAGCGAUACUGUUAGAUUUUGCAUUUAAUAAUACAAUUUUGUGACAUUUCUCUAUACUAAAUUCAAAGUAGUGUUAUUACGCGUA